AUGGCGGCUCAUCUUUUGGGGUGCGCUUGCAGAGAAAUGCUGGAGGAGGCUGGGGCGCCUCUGCAGGACAUCUGCCUCGCUUCAGUGGUGAACUCCAUCCGGCUGGAGGAGCAGUACCACUAUGUGACCAUCAUCAUGCGGGGCCGGCUGGACCGGACGCGGUCUGGGGAACCGCAGAACCUGGAACCGGAGAAAAAUGAAGGCUGGACGUGGACCCGCUGGGAUGAGUUUCCUCCAGAGGAGCAGCUCUUUCUGCCGCUGGCCGGCCUGAGACAGCAGGGCUACCAUCCGUUCAGGGACACCCAGACUCAACACUGAGACUCCUUCAAGUAGCAUAUGCACUGUUUUUUAUUUAAAAUAAACAAAACAAAUUGUUUCUUUUGUUGGCAGUGAUUGCAAACAGACAAAGCUUCAAAAAUGAGAUGCAUUUCAACGUCAUUUAUGAACACAGUUUUUGUGUCUAAGGUGCAGACAUUCA